UCUUGCACUGAUGCUUGACUUUUGACAGACGUCAGUAGAUUCCUCCCCCAGACCAAAUCUCUGGUUGGUGCUUCUCUAACAUCGGCAGCAGCCAUUCUCAGACCCCAGUGCCUGACACUAUGGUUCGUCACAGUAAACUGCAGAAGCAGGUGUUGUCUCUUUACCGACAGUUCCUCCGAGCUGGCCAGGACAAGCCAGGCUUCUUACCCAGAAUACGGGAUGAAUUUCGAGAAAACUCCCGCCUCAAAAAGACUGAUGUCAUGCACAUCGAAUACCUUUACAGGCGUGGGGAACGGCAGCUGGAACAACUGAAAGAUGUGAACACAAAGCAGCUAGGCACUUUCUCCAAAUCAAGAGAGAGCUGACCGAUAUAUUUAUUUUACUCUCUAUGAUACGUCUAUAUUGUUUGUAAGCAAUUGUCAGUGCUGUAUAAAUUAAUGAUGACUUGUGAAGAGUAGUUGGGGUAGAGCAUAUUGGAUGCUCUUAUCGUUCAGAUACACUUUGUCAAACUUAAAUUGCAUUAAUUUUCACAAUAAACAUGAAAUAUGA